ACAUUCACAGCUGAGGAAAGUAUAUCCGGAGCAGGAUAAGCAAGUGAUGAAACCAACGCGUCAAUCUGCGCAUUUCUCUGUCGUCGUCCUUGUUUUGUCAGCUCUUGCGUUCGAGCCUGCAUCCUCGAUUGCAGAUGUGGAAUGAAAGGAACCGAAUUCUGAUAUCUGACCAUACUGACAACGCUUCUGCUUCAAAAAUGAGUUUCGGGCGCUUGUAGGGGGUUGUUCGGUGUUCUUGUGCACCGUGUUGUUGUUAGUGGUGUGUGGAAAAGUUUGUUCCGGGGAUUGGAGUGGUGGCGAUGGUGGAGAUGGGGACAAUUCAAGCAGUUGUGCUGUUUCACUGCAUGCUGGUUUGCGGAGCAGCGGCUAUGGCACAACCAUUUCUGUUUGAUUCAAGGAUGUAUAAUACCAGCGGCGGUAUUGAGGAGGGCAAGAUAAACGUGCAUUUGGUGUCUCACACCCACGACGAUGUGGGAUGGCUCAAGACAGUCGACCAGUACUACGUCGGCUCCAACAAUUCCAUCCAGAUUGCAGCAGUGCAGUAUGUGUUGGACUCGGUGGUCACUGCUCUGGAGCAGGACCCGAACCGGAAGUUUAUCUACGUGGAGCAGGCUUUCUUCCAGCGAUGGUGGAGGGAGCAAUCUCCAGAGAAAAAAAAAAGUGUCAAGAAGCUUGUGGAGGAGGGACAAUUGGAAUUUAUAAAUGGAGGUUACUGUAUGCACGACGAAGCUGCUACACAUUACGUCGACAUGAUUGAUCAGACGUCACUGGGACAUCGUUACCUCAAGGAACAGUUUGGGAUAACUCCUCGCAUCGGUUGGCAGAUUGAUCCGUUUGGUCAUUCAGCCGUCCAGGCUUACCUUCUUGGUGCUGAGUUGGGCUUCGAUGCGUUCUUUUUUGCACGAGCUGAUUACCAGGACAUCAUCAAGCGUCGCAAAGAGCGGACCAUGGAGGUUAUAUGGCAGGGUUCAAAAUCUCUAGGAGCAUCUGCCCAGAUUUUCGCUGGAUUGUUGUGGCAUCACUACGAGCCACCCCAUGAAUUUCAGUUUGAUAUUUCGUCGACGACAUCUCCUAUUCAGGAUGAUCCGGCUCUAUUUGGCUACAAUGUCCCAAAAUUAGUGGAUCUUUUUGUGGAGUACGCCACAAAUCAGAGCAAGGAGUAUCGUACUAAUCAUGUCAUGUGGCCAAUGGGUGAUGACUUCGCUUAUGAGAACGCCAACACUUGGUACAAGCAAAUUGACAAGCUCAUACACUAUGUGAACAAGGAUGGCCGAGUUAGUGCAUUUUAUUCUACUCCAUCGAUAUAUUUGGAUGCUGUUCAUGCUGCAAAUGCAACCUGGCAUCUGAAGACGGAUGAUUAUUUCCCGUAUUCCGACUGCCCACAUUGCUUCUGGACCGGUUAUUUUACGAGUAGGCCAGCACUUAAGGGUUAUGUGCGUAAGCUCUCCGCCUUACUUCAAGCUGCAAGACAAGUGGAAUUCCUUGUGGGCAAAAACUCUACAGGGCCAAAUACAGACAGCUUGGAGGAGGCCGUUGCAAUACUGCAGCAUCAUGACGGAGUGAGUGGCACGGAGCAGCAGCAUGUUGCAAAUGACUAUGCUGCACGAUUGGCAGCUGGGGAAUCCGAGGCAGAGAUGGUUUUCAACAAAGCUUUGGCAUCCUUAAUCAGUACGAAUGCGACUGUUAGUACUUCACUAGUCGAGGAGGUCAACUCCAAGCCCGCACGAAGGGUAGUCACGGAUAUUGGGGACCCUGCUCCUUCAAGUGGUAGUGCUGACUUGAAUCUAGUGCAGUGUAACCUUCUGAACGUGAGCUACUGUCCACCCACUGAGGUUGAGCUCAAGCCCGGGAAAAGCUUUGUAGUGGUGACGUACAAUCCCUUGGGAUGGGAACGGGAAGACUUUGUACGAGUACCGGUUUCAAGCUCCAAAAUUGAAGUCAUUGACGCGGAAAACAACGUAAUUCCAUCUCAGUUGAUUCCUAUUACUGAUGCUGACCGUAAACUACGAAAUAAAUACGUUGAGCUCCAUGCCGGAGUUAAUGCUAGCACGGUUCCGAAAUUUUUCCUGGUCUUUGCAGCUGCUGUACCUCCUCUUGGUUACACUUCGUUCGUGGUUCGGCCAUCGUCUUCCAAUACAACUACUGCCAAAAUGUCAUCGUACGAAACCCGAAGAGUGGGUCGCAGUGUUUACCUGAAAUCAAGCCAGUUACAACUCAAUUUCUCUAAACAAACUGCAUUGCUGACUCAAAUGAAAAACAAAAAAACUGGAGUUUCAACUAGUCUGGAGCAAUCCUAUUGCUGGUAUAAUGGAAGUAGCGGUAUAACUGCAGAAGACCUCAAUCAGGCUUCUGGAGCUUACCUUUUCCGACCAAAUACAUCUGAGUGUUUUCCAUUCAACAGCUCUCAUCAAACAAUGACAGUUUUUCGAGGUCCGCUGGUAGAAGAAGUUCACCAACAAUUUUCACCCUGGGUAUCUCAGGUUACAAGGGUUUAUACAAAUGUAGAGCAUGCUGAAAUCCAAUUUACUGUUGGUCCUAUUCCUAUUGAUGACAGUAAUGGCAAGGAGAUAGUUACAAAAAUAACGACACCCUUAAAGACGGAAAAAAGUUUCUAUACUGACUCUAACGGUCGUGAUUUCCUUAAAAGGGUGAGAGACUACCGGCCUGAUUGGGAUCUAGAGGUCAUAGAACCUGUUGCGGGCAACUAUUAUCCUUUGAACCUCGGAAUCUACAUGAAAGAUAACGAAUCAGAUGUUUCAGUGCUUGUGGACCGAGCUUUAGGGGGAAGCAGUAUUGAGGAUGGCCAGUUGGAGAUUAUGCUGCACAGGCGCCUACUUUAUGACGACCACAGAGGAGUGGCGGAGGCACUCAAUGAAACUGUUUGCAGCAACGACGGCCACUGCGAAGGUCUCACUGUCCAAGGAAAGUUUUACAUCAAUAUAAGUCCAUCCGAAGUUGCUGCUGAAUGGCGUCGCAUCAAGGGCCAACAAAUCUUAAUGCCUUUACAACUGUCCUUCUCCGUGCUGGAGGAUGGCAACACAGAGCCUCUUCGCACGCCAAGAUUCUCAGCUUUGAAAGUUGGCUACGAACUACCUCUUAAUAUUGCCGUCAUGACUCUUCAGGAGCUAAAUGAAGAGGAAGUGCUUCUAAGACUCGCCAAUCUUUUUGAGGUUGAUGAGAGCACGAGACUGUCAAGAACCUCUACGGUCGAUCUGUUAAAUCUUUUCCCCAACCAUAAGAUUAAGGAGGUGAAGGAAGUGACUCUUUCAGCAAAUCAGGAGAAAUCUGAAGUGAAGAAAUUGGAGUGGAAUAUUGAGGCGAGCGAAGCAAGCCCGAAGAUCUUACGAGGGCGUCCACUGCGCGAUGACGAAACAAUCGUCGAAAUUGCACCAAUGGAGAUCAGAACCUUCUUGCUCCGUGUCCGAAGUAAUAAGCAUCAUUGAACGAUACUUUAAAUCACCGUGUUUGUACAGCCCCUACCACUGAGGUGCCCACUUUGUGCAGCUGUGUGCAAUUGGUAUCUCCUUGCUGGACGCUUGUUGAUACCAUUGCACUUACAAAGGGAAGCACCCUUGUAAUCGUCGUUGUACUGUGUGCUAGGUAAGGGCCUCAGUAUGUCCUCAAAAUAGCAACGCACUUGAGUUCCCGGAAUGUACGACUGUUCGGUCAAAUGUCCUGCGAUAAUUCAACAAUUAUUUUUACUUGUCUGCUUCA